UGUUAACGGGUUGCGUCAGUGUUUUGCAGGAUCUCUGCAGACUCCAGCAGCUGCUGCACUCAAUCCGCUUCUCACACACGCCUUUGUUCGCUCUUAGUCUUUGUUACGGACUAUUUCAUCUACAGAAAAGCCAUCACACCGGAGGACACGCUGCUUGAUAUCGACUGAACAAUGCAAGAUCAGUUGAUUUCCAGCCUUUCAUCUGAAGAUUCCAGUCCAUCCACACCGACAUCUGAUGCUCCAUCGAAACGCUUAUCCUGGAGCAAACUCAUGCAGAAACUGCACAGCAGCCAGAGCCUGGACUCUGACUCCGACAACCACAGCAGCACCGACGACUCCUCAGAUUCAGGUUCCAUAUGCAUCCCGGAUCUCUCCCAAUCUGAGUUUUUCGACCCCACUGAAGAGGCGUUGUGUAAAGAAGUGGUGCAACUCAUUGCACUUAACCUGACUGAUGCAAAAGACGGCGUGCUGCACUGCUCCAAGCUCCUGAUUCCCGAAAAGCUGCUGGAGCACAUCGGUCAGGAGCUGGUGCAUCUGUCGGUCAGCGAGCCCUGCGGUCUGCGCGGCGCUCUCAUCGACCUGUGUGUGGAGCAGGACGGCAGCUGCCAGGCUGCAGCACAAAUCGCCGUCGACCCCUACCUAGUGCCAACUUUCCAGCUAACGCUAGUGCUGAGGCUGGACUCCCGGGGCCUGUGGCCUAAAAUCCAAGGUCUGUUCGCAGGCAGAUCUCCAGCGUCACCGGCGGUCAGACGCGCACUUAGACUGAGCACUGGAUUCAGAGCUAUUAAAAGAAAACUGUACAGCUCAGAAGAGCUCCUGAUUGAAGAAUGCUGACUCCAAAACAGAACUUUUAAUCGUUUUUAAAACGAGCCUGUUGUAAGCGUUUGGACUCCUCCGUUUGAGUGUGUGCAAGACGCCGGAGGUUACAAUCAUGUUGUACGACUGAUCAGUCCAGUAUGCAGAUUUAGGGUGUAUGAAGAGACUUUAACACGUUUAUGUUGCACUUUUGCUGACGUUCUAGUGAAGCAGGAGUUUUCUCGGCUGCUGUUGAAAUGUUUACCUCAGGUUUCUGGAAACCAGAUGUGGCAGCUAUUGUUCACGCAGUGGUCUAGCUUACUUUGAUGAAAGUUCAUUAUGUUUAAGUGCCAGUUUGUUCAAAGAUUCAGUUCUUGUGCCCUUAGAUCAAAUGGAGGAGGUGCUUUUUGUUUUUAUAUGAUAUUUUUUUUUAAGCAGUCUCAUGCAUACUCCAUGCAUCUUAUUUAUUUGAUAUUCAAAUGCAUCAUGUUCUGUUUUUUGUACUCGAAAGAAAUGCAGAAAAUAAAUUAUCUUUUUUGAAGAGAA